AUGUGACGCCCCCUGCCAGGGUCUUGCUGUCAUUGCGGCUGGCGAGCGCGGCUCUAAAGCUUUGACCUUGCUGGGGUCGUGCAUCGUCCCACCGUGUUUUAAAGCCGGUCGAGAGCGAUGUUCGUGGCUCGAAGCAUCGCGGCUGAUCAUAAAGACCUAAUUCACGAUGUCUCCUUCGAUUUCCACGGGCGACGGAUGGCGACCUGCUCCAGUGACCAGAGCGUGAAGGUGUGGGACAAAAGUGAAACUGAAGAAUGGCACUGCACAGCUAGCUGGAAGACACACAGUGGAUCAGUAUGGCGAGUAACAUGGGCUCACCCAGAGUUUGGCCAGGUGCUGGCCUCUUGUUCAUUUGAUCGGACUGCAGCUGUGUGGGAGGAGAUAGUGGGAGAGUCUAAUGACAAACUGCGAGGACAAAGUCAUUGGGUGAAGAGGACUACACUGGUGGAUAGCAGAACUUCAGUGACAGAUGUGAAAUUUGCCCCAAAGCACAUGGGCUUGGUUCUAGCCACCUGCUCUGCAGAUGGGGUUGUGCGGAUAUAUGAGGCCCCAGAUGUCAUGAACCUGAGUCAGUGGUCCCUGCAGCAUGAGAUCUCAUGCAAAUUGAGUUGCAGCUGUAUUUCCUGGAACCCUUCCAGUUCCCGUUCUCAUUCGCCUAUGAUAGCAGUGGGAAGUGAUGACAGUAGCACAAACAUUGGUGGCAAGGUUCAAAUUUAUGAAUAUAAUGAAAACACCAGGAAAUAUGCAAAAGCAGAAACCUUAAUUACUGUUACCGAUCCUGUGCAUGAUAUUGCUUUUGCUCCAAACCUUGGAAGAUCAUUCCAUAUUCUUGCAGUAGCAAAUAAAGAUGUUCGAAUUUUCACACUAAAACCAUUAAGAAAAGAAUUGAGUAGUUCUGGAGGCCCAGCAAAAUUUGAAAUUCAGACAGUGGCACAGUUUGAUAAUCACAAUUCUCAAGUAUGGCGUGUGAGCUGGAACAUCACUGGUACAGUCUUGGCAUCCUCUGGAGAUGAUGGAUGUGUCAGAUUAUGGAAAGCUAACUAUAUGGAUACUUGGAAAUGUACAGGCAUAUUGAAAGGAGAUGGAAGUCCUGUAAAUGGUGCCUUAAACCAACAGUCUAUGGGAAUUCUUAAUCCUUCUGCAGUGUUAAGCAAUUCAUCCUUGCAGAAUGCAUUUAAUGGAUCAUCUGCCGGAGGGAGGAAACUCUGAUACAUCUCACCUCUACACUCACAUUGCCCUUUUCAGCAGAAAGAAAACACAUCUGAUCUCAAGCUAACCGGAGUAACCUUGCUGUUUUGCUGCUUGUUGCAUGCACACAGGAAUGGAAUGUGAACUCCCUUCACCCUUCCCCAGUGACAACUGAUAUCUCCAAAGACCAACCUGCUUGCUAAUAACCUUGGAUGGAAGGCUUCAUAAAAUUAAAUAUUUUUUCUCCCUGUUUUUAGUGUUUUUGUUUUGAACAGUUGGCACCAAUGUACAGGCAGGUCAAAGGAGAGGCAAAAAGCUUUGCACUGUAGAAGCAGCCUUGAAACCUAAUUUUCAGCUUUGGAUGCUCUUAUAUUAAAAAACAUUCAAAUGACCAAGAUUACAGAAAACUCUUCAAAGUGAAUGAAUAGAAUUUAAAUUGAUUUUGUGUUAUGGUACUCUUCAUUCUAAAUAGUGACGACACAUAUGAUGCAGUGACCACUCAAGUGUUACAAAUUGAAUGUACUGAUGAGGAUAUAUAACCCUUAGCAGAUAUGUGCCAUCUUCCCAGUGUGGGACCAAGAAAGUUAUGUGUUCCAAUUGGAACAGGUUAAAUAAACUGAGGUUCACAUUGUCAGUAUUGUGUGUACUUGUUUUUUUAGACCAUUGUCAUAUUUCUAAUUUUCUAUUUUCCUUUCUCCAAACAUUGGUAAUACUUAUUGAUUCAUAAUUACUGUGUUUACAUAAUUUAUGAACUAUUUGAAAAUACAAGUAAAAAGUAGUUAAAGAUCAUUGAAUGGAUACAUUAAAUUGCCUUACGUGGUUACUUUCCUAACCAAGUCACGGUAUUUUACUUUUAUUAUUUUAGGCAUUUGUAUCUUUCAUUUUCUUAUAUUCACCAUAUUUCUCUUUGUCUUUUGUUUGUUUGUCCCAUUUUUCUCUCUCGCCUGUCUUCCUCUACGUCGUUUCAGGCCUUUCUUUCCCACUUCGGACCAUGCUAGGGCUGGAUCGAGAUGGUCCAGUUAUGCCCAGCUUCCACCUCCUCCUCCUCCUCCUCUUCCUCCUCCUCUUCCUCCUGUGGCAGAACAGUCUUGUGAUGCUGACACAACCCACCUUCAGUAUCGUAACUCUCAAAGUCGUUACUCCAACAGAUCUCUUAACUCCUUACUUGAGAAUGAGGGGGUGCAAUAAAAAUGUCUACUUAUGCAGAGGUGAUAAUUGUGUAUGUUUCUGCUAACUUAUUUUUACUCACACUUCUAAUGUACAGAAUAAGUUUCUCAAUGGAUAGUUUAUUAGCUUGAUCAAUAUUUGAAUUACAGAACUAUGUAGAUGACCUGAUGUUGAAAACCCUAUUAAUUUAAUACUAUCGGAAUACUUAAGACGGAAGCAGAGUCAGGUUUAUUAGCCUGCAAUUGACGACUGUAUUCAAUGAUGGUUGGUAGACCAACUUGUAGAUGUGCCUUAAGAACAAUACUUAGAGUAAAAUGACUUUUUAAAAAUUUGGAUAGCUCUGUUUUAUAAGGGAAUGUUGGGAGAAAUGAACAUUUUGAAAUUAUUUGACAAUUUUUUUGUAAGAGUUUGUGUUUUUUGAGAAAAAAAUCUAUGUUUUAAAUAUGUUUGAAACCACACAAGGAGUGAUGCAUGCAGUGUGUCUGUUUGCAGGAUGACUGUAUAAGCUGUACUCAUAUUUGACAUUUCUGUAUAAGCUUGAGUUGAAAUACAUCACCCUGUUGCCUGGGGUUUGACAUAUUUAACCAGGUAUAGAGUUACACCAGAAAAUGGAUUGAGUGUAAGAUUUAUUAUACAGUUUUGAUAAAAUAAUAAAGGGAAUACAAAAAAACCUGACUUGUUUAUACUUUUUGCAUCAAUAAUCAAGCAGUUGAUUUAUUUUCUGUCAUGGAAUAGAUUAUACUUAUUCUUACUCCCUAACUGAAAAUGACUAAUAUUAAAUAUGCAAAUUCCUUAUGGAACUUGACAGAGUAGAGGCAGAAAUUAUGCUUCUCCUAGGAUAGUGUAUCUGGACAUUGUGGGUCAGGACGGAAGGAGGUCCAUGUCUCAAAAUCUGGGGUGCCCGUUCAGGAGCAAUGAACAGUGCUGGAGGAUCUCGUGGGGGUGGAGGGGGGAAGGAAUUAUCAACGUUUCAAUACUGAGAGUGAAGAGGGCCAUUUAGGGCUAGGCUGAGAAGUAAUUUCUUAAUGUAGGAAAUAUUGAAUCUUUGGAAUUCCCUGCACAGAUAUUAAAGAUUAACGAUACGGGUGUUAGGACAGGGAAGUUGCUCUGAAAGAAAGGAUCAGACUGAAUCCAGAAAGUGUUCUUAUUCUUAUGUACUAGCAAGUUAGCAGUAAAUGAAUGUAUUUGAUUGAAUCACAGACUAAUUUCAGUAUCCCCACAUGUCGAGCAAGAAGUUGACAAAAACAAAGUUGUCUUUGUUAAAUUGUAGUAUUUCAGUGUAAGUAUUGAACUAUUGCCUUACAAAGUCCAAUGUUUUACCUAUUUAAUAUUGAAAAUAAAGAUUGCCUGAAACAUGGAUCAGA